GGGUGGGAAAGGCGGAAGUGGAGAGGCGGGGACGGAAAAGAUGCAGGUCGCUCCCCAGGACUACCAGAAUGUUCCCAUCGACAUCCAGACCAGCAAACUCAUGGACUGGCUGCAGGACCGGCGGCACUGCGGCCGGCGCUGGCAGGCUCAGGUGCAGCAGGUGCGGGAGCGGAUCCAGGCGGCCCUGCAGGACAUGCCCGAGCACCCCGAGAUCCGAGAGCUGCUCCAGGGCUCCUUCCUGCACUACUUCCACUGCCUGCGCAUCGUGGAGAUCCUCAAGGGCACCGAGGCCUCCACCAAGAACCUCUUUGGGCGCUACUCCUCACAGAGGAUGAAGGACUGGCAGGAGAUCGUGUCCCUCUACGAGAAGGAGAACGCUUACCUGGCCGAGCUGUGCAGCCUGCUGAGCCGCAGUGUCAGCUACGAGGCGCCGGCGCUGCGGCGGCAGCUGGCCCGGGGGCUGCAGGCCCAGCAGGAGCUGGCGCGGCGCGAGGACGAGUGCCAGGUCAGGGCCAGCGAGCUCCGGGAGCGCUACCUGGGAUCCUGCCGGCAGUACGGCAUCGCCGGCGAGGACGUGCGCCAGGAGCUGCUGGCUCAGGUGCAGGCGCUGCCGUCGCUGCUGUCCCGCGUUGGGGACAGCGCCAGCGCCCUCGGGGACGCCAUCGAGCUGUACCAGGCCAGCGUGGCCUUCGUGUGUGACAGUCCCGGCGCGGCGGUGCUGCCGCUGCUGCGGCUCGUUGCUGUGCACGGGAACUGCUCAGUGUUCCGCUGGCGCACGGGCCGGGAGCCGCGGCUGCUGCAGCGCCCGGAGCUGCGCCAGGCACCGGAGCCGCCCCCCGAGGACACGAUCGAUUGGGGCGAUUUCCCCGAGGAGCCGCCCCGGGGCGGGGACAUCGACUGGGGCAUCACGGUGGAGCCCAGUCCGCAGGGGGACGAUGGCAUCGAUUGGGGCGAUGGAGAGAAGGGGACAGUCACAGCAGAGCCCAGUCCUCAGGGGGACGAUGGCAUCGAUUGGGGCGAUGGAGAGAAGGGGACAAUCACAGCAGAGCCCAGUCCCCAGGGGGACGAUGGCAUCGACUGGGGCGAUGGAGGGGGACAGGAGGGGACAAUCACCGUGCUGGAGGCUGGCACUGAGGCCCCCGAGGACGUGGCCCGCGGCUCGGACGCGCUGACCCUGCUGGAGAACGCCGAGACUCGGAACCAAUUCCUGGACGAGCUGAUGGAGCUGGAGCUGUUCCUGGCGCAGCGGCUGCUGGAGAUGGAGGACGAGGCCGAUGUGGUGGCCAUGAGCCAGCUGCAGCUGGCCCCGGCCGUGCUGCAGGGCCAGAGCAGCGAGCGGCUGCGGGCCCAGCUGGCCACGGUGCGGGAGCUGCUGGCCCAGCUCUGCUCCCCCAGCGUGCAGCACCUGUGCAUGAUCCUCGCCUCGCCCAGGUACGUGGAGCGGGUGUCGGCGCUGCUGCGGCAGAAGCUGCUCCAGGCCGAGCUGCUGGUGGCCAAGAGGGACGCGCUGGCCCAGCAGCGGCGCCGGGCGCUGGCCGAGCAGGCGGCGCUGGAGCCCAAACUGCAGCAGCUGCAGGACAGCACCAAGGAGCUCCAGAAACUGAUCGAGGCCGACAUCUCCAAACGCUACGGGGGACGCCCGGUGAACCUGAUGGGGAUCAACGUGUGACACCCCAAAGGGACAGAGAGGGUCCCCAAGGGGGUCCUGCCCCUCCCAGACCCCCUGCCCGGCCCUGGGGGGCUGCUGGGUUUGGGGGUGUUGGUGAAUAAACACAAAUUGUGUCUCAAA